UCUCUCUCGCUCGCUCAAAGUUGCAGGAAAGGAUCAAAUUCGUUGCGAUAUGGCAGGAGGAGGUGGUGCGUGGCAUCAACCGCCGUCGACGGGAGUGUGGUGGGACCUCAACACGUGUCCGGUUCCCGCUGAUUUUGACCCACUUUGUGUCCAUCGGUGUAUAAAAUCUGCGUUGCACAAGCAGAUUCGUUUUCCGACUACAGUGUCCAUUUAUGCCAUUGGCAACCUAGAAUACAUAUCUAGUGACCUCUUGGAAAAGAUCUCUUCCUCUGGAAUCGAUUUUUAUUUUGUUUAGAGAGUCUCUCUCAUCCGUACGUAAAUUUCUAGGCGGGAACAGCUUAAUUCGUUUUCUGUACGAAUGGUCUGAUGCGGUGCAGGAUGAACAACAACGUCCGGGUUCUGGUUACAUAAUGUUGAUAUCCGGUGAUAGCACGAUGGUUAAUCGUUGUCGUCUUCAGAAAUUUUCUAAAUUCAGUAAGUUUUGUGCAUAUCCAGAAGAUGUUGGGCCAGUAACAACCCUUGACAAUCAGGGUGAGAAAGUGUUUGUCAAAGAGUUUGUCUGGGAAUCUUUAUUGACUGCCAACGCAUCACCAUGUGCCGCCAUGGAUGAACCUCUCUGCAUUUGCGAAAUAUGCGAUGUUGUUUACAAAACAUGUGACGAUUUCAUCACUCAUCUCAAGAGUGAACAACACAGAGAGAGCUUGUUUGGAAUUGUGCCCUUGGACUACGGUAAGCCUAGAUAUUUUUGCCCAGUUUGCAAUUACCCCGCCUACGACGAAUUCAACAUGUCCCUCCAUAACGAAAGCAAAGAUCAUAAUCACAAGCUGGCUGAUAAAGAGCAGGAUUGCGAGAGCAGGAAGAGAAAUCCACAAGUGGAUCUCUUUAACGAGAUAAGCAAGAAGCAAUCUCUUUAACGAGCCUAAGGAAUAAGACUUAGUUGCCUAAGAGUGCGUGUGCAUCGGUCUUUGUGUU